ACAAUUCUGUGCCAUUAGUGCUUUGCAGUUGGUGUGCUGUUGGUCUUCGGUGCAGAGUAAAAAUUAGCUUUGAUUCCUUUUUAUAAGUUACAAAAUACUAAGAAAAAAGAAAAAUUAAAAUGCAAAAUUUUAGUGAACUCUGCGAAUUAUCAAUCAAAGAUAAUAAAUUAUGUUUGAAAGCGAUCAUUGACAUAACACCAGGUGACGUGAUCUUGGAAGAGCAGGCCAUACUCAUGAGUCCGCAAUGGGAGAGCGACCAGAUGAAAUGUUCAAAUUGCCUAAAAAGUUCUUUCGUCAUGUGCCAGGCUUGUCUGGUUUUCCCAUUGUGCGUAGAAUGCCCCGCACAUGAUCAAUUUGACUGUGAGUUCUUUCAGCGAGCUAAGAAUAUUCCGAAAAAUAUUUUGAUUUCCAACUACACAAUUUAUGCUCCAUUAAAAUGUUUAUUGAAAAUGGAAAACCCAAAAGCUAACAAAAGUAGUUUAAUUGAAUUGCUUAAGGUAAAUGCUCAUUUGGAAGAGUAUUUAAAAUCAGAAACAUGGAUUGAGCAUAAGCAAAAAGUUGUAGAACCAAUUCUACAAUCUGGAAUAGUUGAGCAUUUCCAGAAUAUCAAAGUCAAUGAGGAAAUAUUGCAGCAGCUUUGUAGUUUGCUUGAUUUGCAUUCGUAUGAAAUUACAAACAGGGAUGGUGAUCAGGUAAGAGGAAUCUAUCUUCAAGCUCCAACAAUUCCACACAGUUGCAUUCCGAACACCUUGAUGGCUAUAGAUGAUGAUUUCAAUUUGAAGAUUUACGCAACACUGCCUAUUCGACAGGGGGAGUUAAUAUACAAUUCGUAUACAAAUCCAUUGAUGGGUACCAGCCAACGUCAGCACCAUCUGAAGAUGACGAAGUUCAUCGACUGUUCAUGCCUUCGUUGUAAGGAUCCUACAGAACUUGGCACUUACUUAAGUAGCGUUAAAUGCAAAGUAUGCCCUGAUGGUUACGUAAGCCUAUUCGAUUCAAAAUGGACUUGUGAAAAUUGUUCAGCUAUCAUGAGUGAGCUGGAUGUUCAAAAACUGCUUUCAGAAGUAGCAGAGCAAAUAUUAUACGCAGAUGGCGAUAUUCGGGAAUACGAGACACUUUUAGCUAAAUACUCAGGCGAUUUUCACCCAAAUCAUUUUCUUAUGAUUGAUUUGAAACAAAAUACUGCGUCAAUUUUGAGAUCAAUCUUGAUGAAUCCAAUGUGUCAGCCAGGAAGGGGUGUUAUUAGAAGAAAAAUUGAGCUAUGUGAACAAAUGCUGCCAGUAGUGAGAGCUCUACAACCUGGUAUUUCGAGAUUAUAUGCAAUUGCUUCAUAUGAGUAUGUUAUAACAUAUGUAGAGUUAACGGAAUACGAAUAUAACGACGGCGAAAUAUCAACGGAAGAGUACGAGAAGAGACUAAUAAAAGCGCGAGAAAUGUCAAAAGAAUCAAUAAGAAUGCUGGCAUUUGAACCACCUAACUCACCAGAAGGACAUUUGAUGCAAAGAAUUGCCAUGGAACUCACACAAAUAGAAGAAUAUAUCGCAAAAUCUUGCACCCAACAAUAAAUGACAAAAUAUAAAAUAGCAUGAAAUACGAUUUUUUUUUAUAACGUUGUA